GUUGACGCGAUGCAUUCGUGCGCAGCCUAUCGGAAAUAUUGGGGGACGUGCGACAGCAACUUGAACGUGCGCGCUGGAGUGAGCUCGCGGACGUGCGCGCUAUGUUCAGACAGUUUCUUUGGGACGCAGCUGCAGAUCGACUGCGACCUCCGCUCCCUCGCAGACCAGAUCCAGAUGGCGAUCAGGAGAAACGAGUGCAACGGCACCUUCAGCACCACCACCGAGGCGAAGGAGCACGGGCAA